UCGCAUUGAGCCAACAGACACGAUGAGAGCAUCCACCGGUCUCGCGGCCCUCAUGGCCCUCACCAACCUCGCCGCCCUCGCCCAAGACACCCGUCCGAUGGAGAACCUCGGCCGCGGCGUCGUCGCCGUCCGCUCCAGCGACGACGACGUCCUGAUCACCUGGCGGCUCCUCGGCCUGGACCCAGACGACAUCGGCUUCAACAUCUACCGCUCCACAGACUCCGGCUCCCCAACCCAACUGAACACCGACCCCCUCACCAACGGCACAAACUACCUCGACACCAACGCCACCCUCACCUCCUCCAACACCUACUUCAUCCGCCCCGUGGUCUCCGAUAAAGAACAAUCCCGCAGCGCCUCCUUCACCCUCCCGGCGGACUCCGCAACAGAACCCAUCAUCCGCAUCCCCGUCCGCUCCACCGGCAGCAUGAAAUACGUCUGGGUCGGCGAUCUAGACGGCGACGGGGAGUACGAUUUCGUGGUGGACCGACACAACGAGCGGCAGAGCGUGGAGGCGUAUUCCAGCAACGGGACCUUUCUCUGGGAAGUCGAUCUGGGUCCGAACAGCGAGAAUCAGAAUAAUAUCUCGCCUGGGUCCACGGCUAUCUCCACCGGGAACUGGGAUGGGGUGACGGUGUAUGACUUUGAUAGUGAUGGGUACGCGGAGGUCGCGAUUCGGAUUGCCAAUGGGGUUACUUUUGGCGAUGGGGAGACGUUCAGCCACGAUGACGACGAUGUGCAGUUUGUUGCGAUUUUGGAUGGCCGCACGGGCAAGCUCAGAGCGAAGAGCCAGAUCCCAGACGACUAUAUCGAGCAUGGGCCGCUGGGGGCGCGGUUCGGGGUCGGGUAUCUGGACGGGAGGACGCCGCACUUGGUGGCGUUUAUGAAGGUGCGGAGGGAGGAUAAGAAGUUCAUGAGGAUGCAGGGGGCGUGGACGUUUGACGGGGAGUCGGUCACUGAGGAAUGGAUCCUGCGCGACAACGCGACCGACGGGGCAGACGGGCACAACACACGCAUUCUGGACGUGAACGGCGACGGGAAAGACGACGUCGCGGAGAUCGGCUUCGUGAUUAGCGGCGAAGGCAAGAUCCUGUACAAGAUGCCGGACCAGGUCGUUCACGGGGACCGGUUCCAUAUCGCGAAGAUGGACCCGACUCGGGACGGACUGCAGGGGUAUGGCAUCCAGCAGGACAACCCCGACGGACUGAUGGAGUACUACUACGACGCCGGCACCGGGGAGAUGAUCUGGGAGCACUACGAGGACGAGACGGGCGACGUGGCGCGCGGCAUGGCAGGGGACAUUGAUCCGACGCAUCCGGGGUAUGAAGUCUGGUCGUUCUCGGGGGUGUAUAACGCGGCGUCGAACGAGCUGACGACGGACGAUGCGGCCCUGGCGCCGUGGCCUCAUCUGGGAGUGUGGUGGGACGGCGACGAGCUGCUGGAAUUGCUGAACGACGGUAAGAUCGAGAAAUGGGACUGGGAGAACCCCAGCGAGUCGGGGGGUGUGCCGCGACUGGUGACGGCGGGGAGUUUCGGCGCGAAGAGCAUGGGUGGGAGGUAUCCGGGCUUUGUUGGGGAUAUUCUGGGCGAUUGGCGCGAGGAGGUUAUCAUGACCAACGAUGCGAAUGAUGAGUUGAUCAUCUUCACGACGGACCAGCCGAGUGAGAUCCGGUUGUAUACGUUGGCGCAUAACCCGGCCUAUCGCAACGCUAUGACUUUGAAGGGAUAUCUGCAGUCUCACCAUGUGGAUUACUUCCUGGGGAAGGAUAUGGAGACGCCUGCGCAGCCGAAGAUUCACUACGUGGGUGCUUAGAGGCGAGGUCCUGUAGAGGACAUGUGGUCGAUGGAGGGUAGGCAUGUCAAUCGAUAGUUGUAUCUGAGAUCAAUAAUCCCGUGCAGACCAUACUAUACUUGGUUCUA